GACAUGCAGCCCCUGAGGCUCUUCCCCCAGCCCGGCCACCCCGCCCGCACCAGCCCCAUCCGGCACAGCAAGAGGGGCCUGGGCAGCACCGACGAGGGCCGGGAGCAGGCCGAGCUGCUGAAAAGUGCGGGAUUGGAGACCCCGGUGCCGCCGCCGCCGCCCCUGAGCCGCUGCAUCUCCAUGCCCGUGGACAUCUCCGGCAUCCAGAAGGGUCCCCGCUCCGACUUCGACAUGGCCUACGAGCGCGGCCGCAUCUCGGUGUCGCUGCAGGAGGACAGCACGGGGGCCAUGGCCGGAUUCGCGCGGUCGGUGUCCCACGAGCCCAAGGAGCGCAAGUCGGUGACGCUGGAGGAGCCCCCGCCGGGGUCCCACCAGUCCAACUCCAGCGAGGACGAGGCGGGGCCGGGGCCGUGUCCCUUCGGGCCCUUCCAGGGCCGCCAGACCAACCUCGUCUUCGAGGCCGCCAAGCAGGAGCUGGUCAAGCUCAUGAAGGUGGAGUUCCUCGUGUUGGUCCCCGUCCCCUCAUGUUGGUCCCCUGUUGCUCUGGGGUGGGUCUCUGGUGGCCUGGUCAUCCUUCUCCCCUCAUGGUGGUCCCCAUUGUUUGUGGUGGUCCCCAUGACCUCCUGGUCAUCCUUGUCCCCUCAUGGUGGUCCCUGUGACCUCCUGGUCAUCCUUGUCCCCUCAUGGUGGUCCCCGUGA